AAGUAGUUUGUGAUUCGGGUUCAGAAUCUCCAAUUAUCAAGAUUGCAAAAAAAUUGGGUUUAGAAAAAGAUAAAAGUUCAUCUAAUAACGAAGCUAGUGCCAAGGCAUAUAUUAUCAAUAACACAGUAUCUGAUAUUAUUAAGCAA